GGUGGCGUCGGCGGCCCGCGACCGAGGCUUGCGGUCGGCGGGCCCGGGUGAGUGCACCGCUGGCGCGCGGCAGGGCUCCUGGAUGUACCACCGUGUCGCACAGAAGCCGAGAUGCCCGGGAAGAGCGGCCCGCCAGGUCCUCUCCGUGGGUGUGUGGACGCUGCGCCAUGGACAUUCUGGCCCUGGGAGAGUACACCACCACAGAUUAUGCCUGGUUAGAAGAGUCCCCUUUUGAGGACGACAGUGUCUUUGCUUCUGAAUUUAUGCCCAAUGAUUAUGUUCGUGUGACUCAACUCUUCUGUGAUGGGGUGGGUAGGCAGUAUAAAGAUUAUGCCGAAAGUGAGAGAAACUUAGAAUUCGACAUCUGCAAUAUGUGGUGUACUAAACCAGUUUCUAUCCUGCGAGAUUACUGUGAUGCCAUUAAAAUACACAUCUUCUGGCCACUUCUGUUUCAACAUCAACACAGUUCCAUAAUAUCACGGCUGUACCCCUGUGUGGAGGCCACCACUUCUCAUACUUCUGAGAUAAGUUUGAAGGAAUUGCAACAUCUUGAGUUGAUGGAAGAUAUUGUGGAUUUGGCGAAGAAAGUUAUGAAUGAUUCCUUCUUUAUUGGAGGCUUACUGAGAAUUGGUUAUAAAAUAGAAAAUAAUAUAUUGGCAAUGGAAGAAGCUUUGAAUUGGGUGAAAUACACAGGUGAUGUAACAAUUCUAUCUAAAUUAGGAGAAGUUGACAAUUGUUGGCCUCUGUUAAGUAUUUUCUUUACUGAAUACAAGUAUCACAUAACUAAAGUUGUAACAGAAAACUGCAAUAUACUUGACGAAUUUAAAAGACAAACUUGUGCGGAGUGUAUACAGCAAGGAGAACUAAUGAAAAUGAAAGGAAAUGAAGAGUUUUCCAAAGAAAGAUUUGAUCUAGCGAUUAUCUAUUACAGCAGAGCCAUUGAAUAUAGUCCUGAAAACUACCAUCUUUAUGGUAACCGAGCUCUUUGUUUUCUUCGCACGGGACAGUUCAGACAUGCACUUGGUGAUGGAAAGAGAGCCAUUAUUUUGAAGAACAACUGGACAAAGGGUCAUUAUCGUUACUGUGCUGCUCUUUAUAUGCUGGGGGAAUAUGAGUGGGCCCUGCAAGCAAACAGUAAAGCUCAAAAACUCUGUAAAAAUGACCCUGAGGGAAUCAACGAUCUAAUUCAGCAACAUGUAAAGUUACAACAACAAAUAGAAGAUCUGCAAGGCGGAACAUCAACUAGGAAUCCAAUUAAAGCCUUUUAUGAAAGCGGAGCCUACACACCUAGUUUACCAGCACCUGCAUUUAGUACUUCACUUAACUUUGUAGAGAUCGAAAGAGAUUCCAGCAAAACCUACCACGAAAUGGCAUACGAUGGUAAUCAGCAUCUAAUGGUGUUAGAUGAAGCUUUGACUAUAGAUGAUUGUGCCUGUCAUCCUGAAUUUCUACCACUAUCAGGCCAACCUCCAAAAUAUAAAGGAAAACAAAAAUCUCGAAACAAUGAGUUGGAGUUCAGUUAUGGUUCACAAGGGAGUUUUCCAGCAGAUUUGAAAAGCCUCUUGGAGAAACAGUUCUCUAAAUCUUCCAGAGCUGCACACCAGGACUUUGCUAAUAUAAUGAAAAUGUUGAGGAGCUUGAUCCAGGACGGUUACACAGCUCUGCUGGAGCAGCGGUGCCGCAGCGCAGCCCAGUCCUUCUCGGAGCUGCUCAACGGCCUAGAUCCGCAGAAAGUAAAGCAAUUGAACCUGGCCAUGAUUAACUAUGUGUUAGUGGUCUACGGACUUGCUAUUUCUCUCCUUGGAAUAGGACAGCCUGAGGAAUUAUCUGAAGCUGAAAACCAGUUUAAGAGGAUGAUUGAACACUACCCCAAUGAGGGCCUCGAUUGCUUGGCCUACUGUGGAAUUGGAAAAGUAUACUUAAAAAAAAACAGGUUUCUAGAAGCUCUUAAUCACUUUGAGAAAGCAAGAACCCUGAUUUGUCGACUCCCUGGAGUGCUAACUUGGCCCACAAGUAAUGUGGUUAUCGAAGAGACUCGGCCAGGGAAAAUAAAGAUGCUCUUAGAGAAAUUUAUUGAAGAAUGCAGGUUCCCUCCAGUGCCAGAUGCUGUUUGUUGCUAUCAGAAGUGCCAUGGAUAUUCCAAAAUCCAGAUAUACAUCACAGAUCCAGACUUUAAGGGUUUUAUACGAAUCAGCUGUUGCCAGUACUGCAAAAUAGAAUUUCACAUGAACUGUUGGAAGAAGUUAAAAACAACAACCUUUAAUGAUAAAAUUGACAAGGAUUUUCUACAAGGAAUUUGUCUUACCCCUGACUGUGAAGGUAUCAUCUCUAAGAUUAUCAUCUUCAGCAGUGGUGGUCAAGUUAAAUGUGAAUUUGAACACAAAGUCGUAAAAGAAAAGAAGGUUCCUUCAAAACCUAUUCUGAAACAGAAAUGUUCUAGCCUAGAGAAGCUAAGACUGAAAGAAGACAAAAAAUUGAAGAGAAAGAUCCAAAAACAGGAAGCAAAAAAAUUAGCACAAGAAAGAAUGGAAGAGGACUUAAGGGAAAGUAAUCCACCCAAAACGGAAGAGCAGAAAGAAACUGUGGCCAGUGCUGAGAGCUGUCAGUUCCUGGACGACAGGAUCUUGCAGUGCAUCAAGCAGUAUGCCGACAAGAUCAAGUCCGGGGUGCUGAACGCGUCCACGCUCCUCAAAGAGCUGCUCUCCUGGAAGGUUUUGAGCACAGAAGACUACACAACCUGUUUUUCCAGCAGAAAUUUUCUAAGUGAAGCGGUGGACUAUGUCAUUCGUCACUUGGUUCAAGAAAAGAAUAGAGUCAAAACAAGGAUAUUCCUGCAUGUUUUGAGUGAACUUAAAGAAGUGGAGCCAAAAUUAGCUACUUGGAUCCAGAAACUUAAUAGCUUCGGCUUAGAUGCCACAGAAUCCUUUUUUUCUCGUUAUGGAGCAUCUCUCAAGGAGCUUGAUUUUAGCAUCAUGACUUUUCUCUGGAAUGAGAAGUAUGGUCAUAAACUAAACUCUAUAGAAGGAAAGCAACUUGACUAUUUCUGCGAGUCGGCAUCAUUGAAGGAAGCCCGGUGUCUGAUUUGGCUGCUGGAAGAACACAGAGACAAGUUCCCAGCCUUGCACAAUGCGUUAGACGAAUUCUUCGAUAUCAUGGACAGCCGCUGCACUGUGCUGAGGAAACAAGACAGCGGGGAUGUGCCAUUUAAUUCUACCAAGAUAAAAAACAAAGGCAAGAAAAAGAAGCCAAAAGAUUUAAAGCCUAUGUUAGUUGGGUCUGGAACAACUUCAGUAACACCUAAUAAUGAGACUAUCGCUUCAGGUGAAGACCAUAAACGCAAUUCAAAUUCCGCAGGCCCGUUUGUAGUGCCUGACCACCUUCGGCAAGAUGUAGCAGAAUUCGAAGCUCUGUAUGGACAGCACAGCAAUGAGUAUGUUGUCCGUAAAAAGAAGCUGUGGGACAUUAACCCAAAGCAAAAAAAUUCAACUCUGUAUGAUUAUUUCUCUCAGUUGUUGGAGGAGCAUGGUCCCUUGGAUAUGAGUAACAAGAUGUUCUCUGAAGAAUAUGAAUUCUUCCCAGAAGAAACUCGUCAGAUACUAGAAAAAGCUGGAGGUUUGAAAUCUUUCCUCCUAGGAUGUCCUCGUUUUGUUGUGAUUGACAACUGUAUUGCUUUGAAGAAAGUUGCAUCACGGCUCAAGAAAAAGAGAAAGAAGAAAAACAUCAAGACAAAAGUGGAAGAAAUGUCAAAAACAGGAGAGUACUUACGAGUUAAACUGCCGCUGAAUCCAACCGCUAGGGAAUUUAAACCAGAUGUGAAGUCCAAAGCAGUGUCCAGUUUAUCUUCAGCACCAGCUUCUGAGGGUGCAAAACCCCGGCCUGCCUCUGCUGAUUUUCCCAAACCAGCCUGUGAAACUGAGAAGCCACAACCAGUGUCCAAGCCACAACCAGUGUCCAAGCCACAACCAGUGUCCAAGCCACAACCGGUGUCCAAGCCACAACCAGUAUCCAAGCCACUACCACUGCCCGAGAAUUCUCACAGGUCAGUUUCAGAGGGCGAGAAGUCCAAAGAGGUCGCUCCCAGUCCUCCCAAAGCAGCCUCUGAGGAUGCGAGUCGCCAUCCUCAGGGUCGUUCGACCUCCAUUUCUCCCAAGCCAGUUCAUGAGGACGUGAAAACAACCUAUUGGACUCAAGCCCAUGUGGUCACAGGGUACUGUACAUACCUUCCCUUCAGGGCAUUCGAGCUUGCCCCGCCACCACCAGCAUACAUAAGCAUGGUCCCAACGUUGCCCCAGUACACUAACAUUUACACACCGCUGGCCACCAUUUCAACUGAAUAUCAGCUGCAAACAUCAGUGACAGUGGUGUCAUCUUACGUAGCCAAUGACAGACCAGAUCAGAGUGCUGCUGUGUAUUUUGAUGGUCGUCGUUUGAAUGCUGAGCAUGCCCCUGGCAACCAGAUUGCCUCAGAAACACAGAUCCUUCAGGACUCUUUGCAGAUAUCAGUAAAGUCACAGUACAGCACAGGUGGUGCUGAUCCAGCCCAGAGUGAGCCCAGCAGAAAUAAUGGUCACUGUGGAAAUUCUGCCCACAAGCAGGAAGCAAACCCAGAAAGGACCGAUGAAGCCACGAAUAUUCCACAUACACAAGUGGUUGCCAUACAGGUGUCUGGGAAUGUAGCACAUCGAGAAGUCAAUACUGAGCCAUAUGAUCCUUUUGAGGCACAACAGGGGGAUAUUUCACAGAUUGAAAAGGAGUCCCAAGUUUUACAAGAGCAGCUUGAGGAAGCCUGUGAAAAUUACGAGCAGAGAAAACUGAAGGCCUCAGAAGAGACCAGGGACCUGGAAGAAAAGUUGAAAAGGAACUUGGAAGAAAACAAGAUCUCAAAGACAGAAUUAGACUGGUUCCUCGAAGAUUUGCAAAAGGAAAUUAAAAAAUGGCAACAGGAGAAAAAAGAAAUACAAGAAAGACUAACAGCACUAAAGAAGGAAAUGAAAAGGGUUUCAGAUGCCACUGAAACGUACACCCAGAAAAAUGAUGGACAGGAAAAGGAGCAUGAAUUCCUUCUGGAUCAGUCUUCUGAAAUCAGUAACACAUUUACAAAUGAGAAAACGAAAAUAGAAGAGCAAAUAAGGAAAGGGAAGGAGCAAUAUGAAGAGAUUCUUCAAAGAGCUGUGGCUGCAGAGGUAUCUGUGCUUGAAAACCGGAGAGAGGCAGAAGUAUAUAAGUUACAGAUUGUGGAAUCACAAGCAGAAGGGUAUCUGAAGACCCUGAAGCAAUUGCGCAGUGAUUCUGCAGCAUAUCCUGAACUAGAGUCUGACAUACAUUCAUGGGAAUCAUUUCUUUCUGAUGUUAGAAAAGAAAUUGAGAAAGCAGAGUCUCAGUUUGAAGAACAAAUUAAGGCCAUUAAAACUGGCUCUCGGCUGAGUGAGCUCCCUGAAGUGCAGAUCUCCGCGCUCCCGUUUCCUGCGUGGAGCACGAUUCGCCCAGAGUCACUUCCUGAGUCUCCAGGUCACGAUGAGCAGGGUCCCUCCACGUCUGCAAGUCACGGGACCGGAAACCCCACAGCGGGUCCCAGGGAUUCAAGCCUGGUCUCUGCCGGUGAUCGCCCAGUGGGGGCUCCCUCGCCAUCGCUGCCAGCAUCGCCCUCCGCUCAGCAGGAGUGUGAGGGCACCAGCCAGGCAGCUCAGCCAAAACGCAGCCUCCCGGCUGAUCAGAAACUGCCUGUUCCUCCGGGACGCGCCCGUGCCAGCCAGUCUCCGAAAAGGCCCUUCAACAGCAUCCUGGAGCACCUGUCGGCGGUGCUCCCCUGCUACAGCAGCACCGAGCUUGCUGGUUUUAUUAGAAAAGUGCGAAACAAAAGCAAGACCUCGCUGUCAGGACUGAGCAUUGAUGAAAUUGUCCAGAGGGUGAUGGCACACAUUCUGGAGGAACAGCAAAGCCAAAAGCCACGUCCAGGACAGGGCAGGCCGCUGUCCGAGCCCAGCUCCGCUGCCUCGGGGAUGGGGGCCACCCAGGGCCCGCCCUCCGUGAUUGCUGGACCAUCGCCCAAAGCCCGGGGCCAGAGGACAGAAGACGCCCCUACACUGGGUGCACAUUCCUGUGAAAUAUGCCAUGAGGUGUUCAAAUCCAAAAAUGUGCGUGCGCUGAGCUGUGGGCACAAGUUUCACAAGGGGUGCUUCAAGCAGUGUCUGAAAGGCCAGAGCACCUGCCCGGCCUGCCUCGACCGUGACCUCCCGUCAGGAGAGUAGCCGCACCUUCCGGAAGAGGCCGCCUGCUGCCCCAGGUAGUCAGGCCCACCCAAGGGAAUUUAGCGGUUGGUUGAAUUGAAAGAAUAACAAUAUACAACUUUGAUAUAAAAGGCAGACAUUUGAAAAUUCUUUGCACUGUGUCACAGUGCUAAUAAGUGGAAAUCUUUAAUGUAGUUGAUAGUAAUUCCCUGCUCUGAUUAACCACUUGGGUAACAGCCCCCUGGGGCUGAUGGAAUUGGCGUGACCACAUUCUCACGCGCUGGGCUGCCGCUGGGACCACGGCUCUGCAUGACACCCCAAAGCCGCCCUCGAGUGCGUGGCCUGUCGAAUCCUUACAGGAGUCAGUGUUCCUGAAAACACACCAACAUGCUUCCUCAAAGAUUCUGCAUUUAAAAAUGGGCUUAAGCAAACCACACUUUAAUCAUAUGUAGUUAAUGUUAAAAUUUUGGCUGAAUUAGACCAAAAGAUUAGAAUCUCCUCAUGUGAAACAUCGUGUGAUUUUGAUUGUUAAUUAUUUCAUUUCCCACAAGCAGAUUUCUAAAGUGUUUAUUUGUCAUCUUGUAAAGAUAUAAUCUGAGUUUUGAAAAUUGAUUAUAAACCACUUUCUUGUAUCAACCUCUUUACCCCUGAAAUCGAGGCUCCGCGCUCAUCAUCCCACCCCCCAGGUGGCGCUGGCUUUGUGGCUCCUCACCUUCUCCUGUGGCAUCUUCCUGCUUCCUGGUUAGACACAGGUGCCAGGCCUGUCGCUCACAGCAGGCACUGUGGGGAGCAGGCAGCACCAUCCCCUUCCCGGAACCACCACCGAACACAGACUCUUGUGUAACUGGCAACCCUAAGGUGUCCCUGCUACCUCGCUCCGUGUUUGUGUGAAGUAAUGCAUGCAUCCUGUACUAACUACAGUAGGAACAGUUAAAAUUAGUUCUCCUUAGUGACGUGUAGACAGUGGUAAACGUAGAAACACGAAUUCUGGACGCAUUCCAUUUCUCAAACAGGAAGGAGCAAUAUAUUUUUUCUGUGUGUUUUUUGUGCCCCUGGAAGCUCACAAUCCCAAGUUCAUGAGCCGGUCUGUCGCCCUCCUCUGCCUUGCUCCGUGAGUUUUGAGGUCUCAGUGACGGUCUAUAGAUGCUUAUUCUCUAUUUUGAAGCAGAUUCUCCUACCACCUUGUCUGCAUGUUCCUAAUGCCCGAGACCUGUCGGUAGGAAGGUACAUAGGGACCAGUUUGUAGCAGCAGGUACCGUGGAAAGAAAGCAGCUGGGAAAUGAGAGACGGGCCUUGUACAUCUGACUUGUGAACAUGCCUUACACAUCUUGUGAGUGUCAAAUAAAAGCAUUUUAAAAUGCA